AUGACACUCAAAUACCUCAUUACAGGAGCGACUGGUGGCCUUGGUGCCGGAGUCCUAUCCUACCUUGUUGCGAACGUCCCAGCAUCGGAAUAUGCUGCAGCGUCGUCGAAAGAGGAGAAUCGCAAACGAUUUGAAGACCAAGGGAUCGCAUUCCGAGUAGCGAGCUAUGAUGACCCCCAGACAUUAGAGACGGCAUUCGAAGACGUGGAGAACCUCUUCUUCGUAAGCACUGCCACCUUCGAUGUCGAGAAGCGGCGCAAGCAGCACCAAAAUUUCGUAACAGCAGCGAAAAAGAUGAACGUGAAACACGCAAGUCACCAAUCUCCCAACACAACCAUCCCCGCUAACAUGGAAGCCACAGGUAUGGUAUACAUCUCUCGCAUUCGGCGGAUAUGGUUCCGACUCCAAGGCGGAUGUCCAACAAGCCCAUCUGGUGACAGAGGAAAUGAUGAAACAGUAAGCCAAGCCCCGACUGUGACAAUCCACCCAGCUUCACUAACACCAGCCAGAGCUGGUAUCAACUUCACCUCCAUCCGUGAGGGUCUGUACACAGACGCCUUCCCAGUCUUCAUGGGCUGGUAUCCAAGCACAUCGACCGUCUACCUCCCCUCUGACGGGCCGAUUGCCUUUACACUGCGGUCGGAGCUAGGCGAAGCGAAUGCGCGACUGAUGAUUCGGGGUGGGUAUGAUCGAGAGAUCGUGCUGCUCACUGCGCAGCAAACUGUCACAUUUUCAGAGAUCGUAGAUCUGAUCAACGAGACGACUGGCCGAGAUGUUAAGUUCGAGCUGGUCUCGCCAGAGGAGUUUUUGCGGUUGAAAACGGCCGACGAGGGCGGGAAGCCGGAAGGGUUCUUCCGGGCGCUGUUGUCGUGGUAUGAUAGUAUUUCAAAGGGGGAGACGUGCACGAUUGAUCCGCUCAUGGCAGACUUGCUGGGCCGGCAACCCGUGCCGCCGCGUGAGGCUCUUCGGGCCUUCUUGACGGAGAAUCGGGACUAUGAAUGGCAUCAGAACUAUGUCAAUCGUGGUUAG